AUGAGUAGAACCAUGCUCAGUGUUCGGAUCAUCGUUCUUGCACUUCUACUCAGCGCAGGGCUCGGCCAACGAGUAACUAGAAGUGAGUUGAUGGUGCGACGUCGAAAUAAAAAUAGAAUUGUUUCGAAAUACAAGUGUUCCGAAAAGCGACGGCGCGAAAUAGAACUUGUCUAGAAACAGCAGUUUCGGAAUGUCAUUUAAUCAAAACUUCAGUUUUAGAACUGUUCCGAAAUAGAACAAUUCUCGUUGAGUUUUGAGUUUUUGGCAUACUUCAGAACAGUUGUAUUUCGGAACAGUGGAAUUCCGAAACAGCCAUAUUCCGAGACACGUGCUAUAUCGAGACAGUUCUAUUACGGAACAAGUUCUAUUUCGGAACACUUCUAUUCCGAGACGAGCACUAUUUCGAAGUCGCACCGAGUUGAUCAAAAUCCGUCAGUUUAAUAUGAUCAAUAAACAUCAGAUGUGGAAGUGACAGCUGAAGAAGAAAAAAUACGAGAUAAACUAGGUUACGAAGUUAGUCCUUAAUUCAAUGACAAGCCAGAAUCUAAGCAUUUUCAGGCGGUUAAAGAAAUUCACCGCGACAUGGAUGACGAUCAUUCCGGGUCAAUCGACAGGAAUGAGUCAACAGGAGUAUGUAAAAAGCUUUCCACUAGACGGUCAUUGUAUUUUUAAAGUUCAUGAAAGAGGAUAUGCAAAUGAGAGGUUCCGAAAGAACUCGUCGCGAGAACAAAUUUCACAGAGAUGAUGAUGCGAUUAGCGUAGAUGAUCUGUGGGAAGCUUGGUUCGAAAGCGACGAACGAUCUUGGAGUAGUGACAGGGUUAGUAUGAAAUAAACUAUCAUAGGCUUUCUCAAAAAUUCAGCUCGUGGAUUGGAUACUGAACGACGUGAACCUACCGAGCAUUGCGGAUUCUAUUAAAAAGAAAAAAGUGGAUGGGAAAUUUCUUCCGAGGUGAAAUGGGUACCCGGCAUUAUGCCGCGUCCAAAGUUAAUAAAAAAGUGCUGCCCCGAAUCGGAACCGCUCGAAUCAGAACUAAUCUCAGUGCUACUUGGUUCUGAUUCGUACCAGUUCUGAUUCGGGCGGUUCCGAUUCUGGGCAGCACCAAAAAAUUCCGGAUUCACGUCGGACUUUUCUGGCAUUUACGGGUUUUUUAAAAGAACUUUGGACGCGGCAUUACGUAAGUCAACUAAUGCUUCUCAGAUUCGCUUCGCCGAAUUCAGAUUUUCUGACAAAGGAACUGGGAAUCAAAUCGUCUGUUUAUCGACAGAAGCUAAGACUUAAUUCAUUGGACGUUGUUCUGUUUGGUUACAAAGACAACAAUAACAGAACAAAAGAUAUUCUUCUAGCUUUUCUGGUGAAUAAAUAUUUUCUGACAAAUUUCACUAAAUUAAAAUUAGUCUAGGCACUUCUCUUCACUUCACUUCUGUUCAUAUACGUCCGACAAAAACAAAAGGCCCAGCGGAAAAUGAAUGAGUUAUCAUCUAAACUUACUGAAUUAAAGUGCAUGGAAAGCGAAUUUGAAGACGUGCAGAAAAUGCUGAACGAUGAGAGGAGUAAAAGGUUGCAACCGUUGCUUAAACAGAAAAUUCGAAAACAAAAUUAUUUUUAGAUCAGUUACGGAUGGUGUAGUAAAUCGGACAGAAAUGGAAAAUUUGAGAGUACAAUUGGAAGAAGCUGAGCGUCGUCUAGAAGCAAAUACAAACGGUUCCGGCACACCACUUGCACUUCAACCACUUCUGCGAAGAACUUGUGAGAACGAGAUGACCUUUCUAGAAAAACAACGUCAAGAGUAGCUCUGAACUAAUUUUUUUGCAAGCAAUGCAGGCUUACAGGUGUUUCAAAGAAAUGAAGGAGGCGAUUGAAAUGGUAGAUAGACUGCAGAAAAAACAAGGAAGUGUUCUUUCAUCACUGAAGUUAGCGACGGGAGCUGCGUCAACUAGCGAUCAAGUUGACUCGAGGAUUUUUGCUCUAAAGUGA